CUUCCUCCACCAUUCACUCAAACAUACAAAGAAAGGCUGCUACGACGACUUCAAACAUGGAAGGAAAUCACUCUGAGCUUGGUAAGAUGCCAAGUAUGUCAGCCGAAUGCACUACUGCAAAGCAUCGAUAUGAUGAUUGUUUCAAUAAAUGGUUUGAAGAUUAUUUAGGAUUAAGUCAAGGAACGAAAAGUAGUGGAUCUUCGACAACCGGUGGAAGUAGUUCGAAGGGUAGCUUUUGGUCAACAUCUUCUUCUAGAUCUUCUACUUCAUCAACACAGGCUAGCCCGAUCGAUGCAAUUCAAGGUGGACCACAGAGGACACAAACGGAGAGAAAGGCAUUACGAGAACGAUUGGACGGAGAAUGCGGAGAGUUUUGGAAGGAAUAUCAAAGUUGUGUUUUGGUGAGUAUAUCAAAUAUACCAGAAAUGAACGAUUACUGACAAAUUUUCCUUUGCCCAUACCAGCGUGCUGUUAAGGAGAGAGAUUUGGACGGUCUAAUCCAAGAAGCACAAGCGCACAAUCCAUUCCCGUUCCCAAAAGAUAUCCCUAAAGGCAAGCCAAACAAUGAACCAUUUCCCUUUCCAGCAGGC